CACAGAGUGAAAAUACAAGUAUGGUAAUCUGGAUAAAAUUAUGGGGGAUACUUCUGGUAUUACAUGAAGGGUUUUGUAUUGAUCAACCAUACAGAAAAGUACAGGACACCACUUGUCUGGAGAUAGUCAAACUACCUAAUUACCAGAAUCGUCUAACCUGUACUGACCAGAAUGAGCAGUAUCACUGCCUAUUGAAUGGGAAUUACACCACAGAGUAUGAAGUUUGCAGAGAGUGGAAGUGGAUUCCAAAAGGCAAAUGUGCAUAUUUCAAUACAUAUGGAAGUGGAAAUGUUGAUGAGAGAGACUGUGAUUCAACUUCCGGUUUAACCUGUGCACCAUCAGAAUACAACUCAGCAGAUAAUGCAAGAUAUGCUGCCUGUUAUGUAAAGAAAGAAAUGACAACUAUGUCAAUCCUACAAACAAGCACAAGACAAAAUGUUAGUACUUCUGAUGGAGGAAACUCAACUUCAUCAAAUUCAACUGGAUCCAUUGAUAGGACAGGGCAAGAUGGAGGGUUGUUUUCCAAGAUUCUUUGAUAUGCUGGCUUUGAUGAUGAUCUUGUUCUAUGGGAAGCUAUUUUAGAAUGACUUCAAAUUUUGAUUUGUCAAAACAUCUCCCAGAUAAUUUUA